GAAAACGGCUGAAGGAGCAGAAGUGAGAGGGUGAGACAGAGGGGGACUCUGUUGGGAUUUAAGACUUUGAUUCAGAUUUUCUUUUCAUUUUAGGAAAAAGGACUUCCGCUUUAUAAGAGUUUUAUCUGGAUUUGAUUUUAAAUUUUUAGGCUGUGCGUAAUUUGGAACGGUUCCGUGGAAACAUUUGAUCCUGCUUUGGUUUUUAUUUUAUUUUAUUUUUUUGGAUUUCCAUGAUGUGGUUCUCCUUCGGUUUGGUUGCCGUUCUGUGGGUCGGAGCAGCCCGCAGCGCGUGGGAGGAGAGCAACGUGGUGCCGGUCCGACUGGAUCCGGAGAGCGGACAUGAACCGUCCCGGGAGGUGCGCGCGUACCGGCUGGACGUGUUCGGGAAGCGGCUGGUUUUGCAGCUGGAGCCCGACCAGACCUUCCUGGCGCCGGGGUUCGUCUUCCACGUCGUGGGGAGCCCCGAGUCCGACCCGACCCGGGGCCCCGAGAGGAGCGGAGCCGAACCGGGCUGCUUCUUCUCCGGCACCGUGAACGGAGAGGAGCGCUCCGCCGCCGCGCUCAACCUCUGCGGCGGCCUCACGGGAGGCUUCUUCUUCCAGGGCGAGGAGUACUUCAUCCAGCCCCUCAACUCCUCCGACCUCCAGGAGGAAGGGGAGGAGGAGCAGGAGGUCCACGUGGUGCGCCGGAGGAGCCGCGCAGCUUUGGCGGAGGAGGGCAGCUCCAAGUGUGGGGUCAGCGAGGACGAGGAGAGGGUGCCAAGGAAUCUGGAGAAAGGAGCCAAACACGGACAGACAGAUAACCACAGAACCAAGCGUUUCGUUUCCACCCCUCGCUACCUGGAGAUCAUGCUGGUGGCCGACCAGUCCAUGGCUGAGUUCCACGGUGCAGGGCUCAAACCCUACCUCCUGACCAUCAUGGCGGUGGCGUCGCACCUCUACCGCCACCCGAGCAUCCACAACUCUAUCAGCCUGGCCGUGGUGAAGCUGCUGGUGGUCUACGAGGAGGAGCGAGGCCCUCAGGUGUCCUCCAACGCCGCCAUGACCCUCCGCAAUUUCUGCCAGUGGCAGCGCCAGCACAACCCUCCGAGCGACCGGCACCCGGAGCACUAUGACACGGCGGUGCUCUUCACUAGAACCGAUCUGUGCGGUGCCCACUCCUGUGACACCUUGGGGAUGGCAGAUGUUGGCACUGUGUGCGACCCGGACAGAAGCUGCUCCAUUAUUGAGGACGAUGGACUGCAGGCAGCUUUUACUGUGGCACACGAACUGGGUCACGUCUUCAACAUGCCUCAUGACGAUGCCCAGUUGUGCUCUGGUGUCAACGGUCUCCAUUGGAGCUCCCACAUGAUGGCCUCCACCCUGGCCAAUCUGGACCAGAAGGAUCCAUGGUCUCCCUGCUCUGCACUCAUGAUCACCACCUUCUUGGACAACGGUCACGGUCAGUGCUUGCUAGAUAAGCCGGCGAAGCCUCAGCCGCUCCCCCAACCUCUGCCAGGGAUGGUCUACGACGCAGACCAUCAGUGUCGCCUGACCUUUGGUGAAGACUCGCAGCACUGCCAGGACCUGAGCACAACGUGCGCAGCUCUGUGGUGUACCGUAACUUCAUCCAAUGGUUUGCUGGUGUGCCAAACCAAGAACUUUCCAUGGGCCGAUGGGACAUCAUGUGGGGAUGAGAGCUUCUGCUUGGCCGGACAGUGUCUCAGUAAGCGUCAGGCCAUUGAAUUUCAGACUCCUGUUAAUGGUGGUUGGGGCGUCUGGGGUCCUUGGGGCGAUUGUUCUCGGACCUGCGGCGGAGGAGUACAGUAUUCUUUUCGUGCCUGUGACAACCCCGUGCCAAAGAAUGGAGGCAAGUACUGUGAAGGCAAGAGGAUCCAGUACCGCUCCUGUAACACGGAAGCCUGCCCUGACACCAACGGCCUGUCGUUUCGUGAGGAGCAGUGUCUGGCCCACAAUGACAUGUCAGCCCAAGUGUCCUUGGGUUCAGGCGAAGGCGUGGAAUGGGUGCCCAAGUACGCUGGAGUUUCACCCAAAGACCGCUGCAAGCUAGUGUGCCGAGCCAAGGGGACUGGGUACUUCUUUGUCCUCAAAUCUAAAGUGGCCGAUGGAACACCCUGCAGUCCAGAUUCCACCUCUGUUUGUGUUCAAGGCCAGUGCGUCAAGGCUGGCUGUGACCGUGUCAUUGGCUCCAACCGACGCUUUGAUAAGUGUGGCGUGUGUGGCGGAGAUGGAUCUACCUGUAAAAAAGUCUCCGGCUCUCUGGAGCAUGCCAGGCCUGGUUAUGUGGAUGUUGUAACCAUCCCUGCUGGCGCUACUCACGUGGACAUCAAACAGCGUGCUCCGGGCAACGGUCGCCAAGACAACAGCUACCUGGCCGUGCAGCGCCUAGAUGGAACCUAUCUCUUAAAUGGAGAUUACAAACUCAUGACCAUGGAGACGGAUAUCGCCGUUCGGGGAUCGCUCUUAAGAUACAGCGGCUCUUCUGCUGUUCUGGAGCGCCUUCGGAGCUUCAGCCCACUCCCUGAACCCCUCACCAUCCAGGUUCUCUCUGUAGGUGAGGCUCCACGGCCCAGAGUCAAGUACAGCUACUUCGCCCCCAGACCCAACAACGCUGCGUCGCAUCCCAACAACAACGGAGGGCGUCAUCACUCGAUCAAUGCCAUCCGUGAGGUUGGUGGAGCCGAGUGGACUCUGAGGGAGUGGGGUCCGUGUUCCCAGUCAUGUGGAGGAGGCGUACAGCAAAGAGAGGUCGUGUGUUUGGACCCCCAGGGGCGUUCAUCCAGGGACUGCCCAGAGGAGCUUCGGCCUUUGGUUUCACGGUCCUGCGACUCCCAGCCGUGCCCCUCCUGGCUCCUGGGCGAAUGGUCCGAGUGCUCCAAGACCUGCGGCCGGGGCUUCCGCAAGCGUCAGCUGCGCUGCAUCGGGCACGACGGACACACGUUGACCCACGACAGCUGUGACAUGAAAAACCGGCCGCGACCCCUCCUGGAAAUGUGCAAUCGGAACAUCUGCUAAGGACUGCGGCUAUAACCGGCUCAAAAUCCUUCACCACCCCCUUUCGCACAAACAAUCGAGAAAAAAAGGUCACAUGAAUGUUUACAUCCAGAGCUACGAAUAAGUCCUCAAUGAUUGUGAUUGUAUGUUUUGUUGUUUAUCUCAUCCCUCCAUGAGUUUUGGGGCCAAACGUUGGGAAAUGGACGGCAGGUGUCCGUCAGCAGCGGCACAUCGGACUAUCCGCUGACGGCGGAAGAAAAUGACAUUUCCCGCAGAAAGCAUGCGAACUCUACAGUCAUGCUUGCGUGUGUGUUUGUGUGUCUUUUUGUACUAUUCUUGUAUAUAUUUGUCCAAGCUGGGCUGGACAGACCCGUCAAGUGCUGGAGGUUUCCUCAGAUUAUAUACAGAAACAAAAUGAGAGAGAAUAGCUUCUCAUCCCAUCAGGUAUGGAAAAUAAGAUUUGUUUAUUUAUCACAAACCUGAAGCACUUCAUCUUCUUUUCCUUUUCUUGGCCCGCGGCACAUUUCACCCAGUUUUUCCACGAAACGCCUCAAACUUUUAGCCAUAUCUCGACCUUACCUACUCGACUUUUAAUGAGGGAACUCCAACAGACCAAAGAGGAGAGUUUGAGUCUGAAUGUGUGUGCGUUUGUGUGUGUGUACCUAAUGAGGGACUUGUUUCCUGUUACUACUUCAUAAGUAAGUCUCUCCUGCCUUCCACGAAGGCCGUUUCUCUUUUCUAUUCUGUCUAGAAUAUCCAAACGUUUAUUUAUUUUUGUACAGCCUGUUAAAUAUAACCAUGUGGCUUUUAUAAAUAUAUUUUAUAUUUGUUAUUGAGAUUGCAGAAGGAAGUAGAAUAUAUAGAGUAUUUAUACGGUGUUUAUAUAUAUAUAUAUAUGGUCCUAGAUUCAUGAAUAAAGCAUCACGUUGAC